UAAAUUGUACUCAUUUACAUCCCUCCCUCUUUACCUCAAAAAGUCAGCGCCUUCUUUUGUCUUUUUCUUCUUCUCUCUAAAAUUAAAAAAAAAACAGAGAGACUAUGGAAGAAGAUUGGGAUCUACACGCCGUCGUCAGAAGCUGCACCGCCGCUAGUUCCAGCGGCAGCAACUUCCAACGAAGAACAGAUAAUGAUAACAACAACAGCAGCAUCAAUAGCUCUGUAUUUUGCUUUGAAGAUCCGGUUCUGAAAUCGAGCAUAUUAUUGAAUAAAAAUAAAAUUAUUGAUGAUUUUGAAGAGUUACAUCAACUGUGCAAGCCUUUCUAUACUCAACAAUCCGAACAAAUAAACACCGUCAUUUCAUCACCCAGGAAAUUAUUAUUACAGAAUCUACCACCAUCACCGUCGCAACAUCAACAACUUGCUAAUACGAAAUUAAUUCAACCCAAGACACCUUCUUUGUUUUGUACUUUACAUGCUCAAACUCCAAGAACCAAAAGAAGGAAGAACCAAUUAAAGAAAGUAUGCCAAGUAGCUGCUGAUGGUUUAUCUUCUGAUAUGUGGUCUUGGAGAAAAUAUGGACAAAAACCCAUUAAAGGUUCUCGAUACCCAAGGGGAUAUUACAAAUGCAGUACUUCUAAAGGUUGUUUGGCCCGAAAACAAGUGGAGCGGAAUAGAUCCGACCCGGAUAUGUUCAUUGUCACUUAUACAGCUGAGCACAACCAUCCAAUGCCUACUCACAGAAAUUCCUUAGCCGGAAUCAGCCGCCACAAAACGGCGAAACCCACCUUAUCUUCGCCGCCGACCAACUCUCCGGCACCGGAAAAUCAAGAAAGCAGCAGGGACGAAAAAGAGGACAUUUUUGAAGUUGACGAUGAUGAAUUUGGUGUUUCUGAUGUUGGGUUGGACAAAAUGGAACCGGAUGAUGAUUUCUUCGACGGAUUGGAUGAAUUGGAAAUUCCGGCCACCGGAGAAAUGUCGCCGGAGAAUUUUCCGGGGACUUUUCAGUUCACUUGGCUGGCGAAUAACGCUGCAACUACGUCGGCCAGCGGUGGUUGAUUGACCGACCGGGAAAGGACACGUGGCAGAAAAAGUUAAAGAGAUGAUGCUUUUGUUCUUUUUAGUUUGUAGUAUUUUAUUUUUUUUGUCCGUUAGAGAUAGGAAGAUAGAAAAGAGAAAAAGAGAAUCUUGAAAUGAGAUGUUUUUUUAUUGAUUUUGUAGAUGUAACGUAUAAUUCCAUACCCCCAUCAUUAUAGAGAAAGAGAUCAUAGGCAUGUAGAGAAAAGAAAAGAAAGUGUUUGAUUGAUUGAUUCAUUCU